AUGGCUCCUGCAGAGGGCGACUUUGACGGCAAUGAUUUUGCUUACAGCCUUUUCAGUGACCUGGUUCCCCUCUUGACCUUGUUCGGAGAGCAAGUCACCAAGCAGUUCCUCUCAUUGAGCAUGGGCUGGGCAGGCAACAUUCUGCUGGCUAUGGGGCCUCUUAGGAUUUUGACCAUCGACGUCGGCGUCAUUCGAGUUGGUGGAGUGACAGGGCUCAAGGCCAUCAUCGGAAGAGUGCUGGGGCCAGAGAAGAGGCCCACUGCUGAAAUGGAAUUGCUUUCGUCAACAUCCUUGGAAGUAUGCGAGCUCUGGACGGGGAGAGAGAUCGUGCGGCUACGCGGGCAGCCCCAGAUGUCCCUACCGAUCAUCAUCACUGCCGAUGCGAGGAUUCUACCUUUUGACGAGGGGCCGAGCGCUUGGAAAUAUCUGAGGUUGAAACGAAGAACCCCAGAUGGCGCCGGCUUAGCCACCUAUUAUUGGAACUGGGACGAAAUCCCCAACCCGGGCUCAACGUACGGAUAUCCUUGUUACCUCGUCGGUACUAUCCUUCACUGGGCUGGCGUGGCUUUCUGCGGACACGUUGUAGAGUCAGCCAGCAUGGGAAACCCAUUUCGUUGCACUCCGGCCAUGCGCAAGAACGUGCAUUAUGCACGUCCAGCAAGCUUAUUCGUCGUGCAGUUCACUGGCCUCAGAGGAUCCCGUUGGUCUGCCGCGGUCGUGCAAUUGGGGGUGACGUUGAUCAUGACGGGCAGGAUGGGACACGUUCCUGAAGCAAUGGCAACUGGGACGCGAAAUUUGCGCGCGGACAUGGACUCGAAGCCAGGAGGAAUCCACUGGUAA